AUGUUUCUAUUCCACAUUUACAAUAUUAUUGAUCAUAAAUUAUCUGUUGCCAGGAAAAAAUUAAAAGUGUCAACUCAAGGAAUACUAAAAAAACUGACAAAAAACUGGAAAACUGCUCCUGUUAGCAAGGUCAUUGCUGCUAAAAAGGCCCCUGCUACAACUGUUGAUACUGCUGGAAAAGUCCUCUGCUGCAGAAAAAUCCCAUGCAGUAGUGAAGAAAUUGAGAUUGAGGAUGAAACAGAAGAAGAAUUGGAAAGACAAAGACAAGAAGAAUUGCAAAGGGAUGAGGAGUUGACAAGAAUAUUGAGAGAUGUUAAGUUGCCUGGCAUAUCAGCUAUAGCAACAGCUGCUACAGCAAUUGCUGAAAACCUACCAGCAGCAACAACACCCAAAAAGCCUGGGCGUCCAAGGGCUGCAACUGCAGUUGCAGAGAAACCUGCUGAGAAAACAGGGCGUACAAGGGCUGCAGUUAUUGAGAAAGCAGGCCAAAAAGGUGGUCAGAAAAGACCUGCUGCAUCAGCUAAAGGUCCUGCAAAAAAAAGAAAAGUCAUAGAUCAAGUGCCUUAUGAUGAACCAUCAGAGGAUGAAGAACAAGAAGAAGUCCCUGCAACAAGUUCUGCUCCUGCAGAAAAGAAAAUUCUUAAAAAUGGAUCAGACAGUGAGGAUCCAGCUUUUGAUGCUGAAAAAGAAGAAGAUGAAGAAAGUGAGGAGGUGGAAGUAGUUCAAGAAAAGAAAACAACAUUGAAAAAACCAAAAGCUGAAGAAAAAAGAAUGGUUUUGUAUGAGAGGGAACCAAUAAAAAAGAUUGUGAAGAGGAAAACUGAAUUUUCAGUGGCUAAAAAAAAGAAGAGGAGGAAGAAAAGAAUGAAGAGGAAGUUGGAAGUUCGACAAGAGGAGGCCAUGUCAAAUUCAUGCAUUGGGUUAAGAAAAUGA